AUGGGAUUUCAAAUGUCAAAGGCAGAUGCAUCAUUAUUUGUCUCACUUGUUCAAGGGGAAGUAACAUAUGUACUUGUCUAUGUAGAUGGCAUUGUGAUCACUGGUCAAUCUACUACUGCAAUAGAUCAAGUAGUUCAUGCACUCAGAGUCAGUUUUUCAUUAAAGGACCUUGGUGAGUUGUAUUAUUUUCUAGGAGUUAAAGUUCAGCGCAGUAAUGAUGGAAUAAUGUUGUCUCAAAAGAAGUUCAUUUUAAAAAUGUUAGCAAAGUCUGGUUUGUCAAAGGCAACACCUACCAUCACUCAUAUGCUAGCAGUGAGAGUAGUUGCAUUUGCAUAUGCUGAUUGGGGUGGUUGUGUGGAUGAUCGAAGAUCCAUGUCCGGUCAGUAUGUUCUAGUUGGUGGUAACUUAGUGUCCUGGAGUACAAAUAAGUAG